CUUGUGACAGCCUAAUCCUAUUGUUCACGUGGCCACCCACUGUUCUCAUUACAAGUUGUUACACAAUAACAAUAUUCUGUCAACAAAGUCGCAAAAUUUUGAACUUGACUCUUACAUGCACAACACCAGAGCCGCUCCGCGCCCGCCCUUUGCGACAUCACCAUAUAUAUCAUCAUUAAUUUGUCAUAGCAUCAUCAUAAGAUAUGGCUCCUGUUCGCAAAACUUUGAAAGCUCAGCCUAAGGCUGCUGCCUCCGAACCCCCUCGCCCCACCGACAUGAUCCUCGCCAUGAACGACCCCUACAUGCAACAGAUCAUCGACGGCAUCAAGACAUAUGAGUUCCGCAAGUACAACAUGGCCGGCAUCCAGCGAAUCUGGUUCUACCGCACUGCUCCCCACUCCGCCAUCACACACAUCUGCCCAGUCAACGAAGCCAUCACGAGAAACCCCGGUGACCAGCCCCUACCUGAAGAUGGGCUUGGAAACAAAGAGUACAACGCCAAAGAUCCCGAUUACGAGGGCUACGACUACGCAUAUCGCAUCAACGCAGUGUAUGAGAUCAACGCCGAUGGAGGGCAAGGCAUCACUUGGACGAUGAUGCGGGAUGAGCACGGAAUGAAGAUUGCACCACGAGGAAGAGUCAGGGUCCCCGAGUCAAUGAUGGCGCAGUAUAGCUUGGAGGGUCAGAAUAAGGUGUUAUGAGGGAUUGGGUGUGACGAGAAGACCGGCCAAUGAGCCAUGAAUACAAUUUGAUACAGUGGGAGCAC